AUGCGAGUGCUGGCCGACGACAAAAGCCUUGAAAAGAGUGUUGCACGCUAUGGAGAUGCGGACCUUGAGGUGGACAAUAGGCGUAACGCUAAAAGACAAAGUAUCGAACGAUACUGUACGCUCGGCGUCGUUCCGAUAACUGAAAAGAUGAAAGAGGCGCGACUGAGUUGGUUUGGUCACGUCUCGCGGAAAGAGGAAAAUUCUAUUGCCAAAACCGCUCUGAAGCUUCACGUUUCAGGCGCUAGACCGCGCGGGACACCAAGGAUGCGCUGGUUGGACCUUGUGAAGCUGGAUAUGAUAGAUCCGUGCUUUUGUGCAGGUGAAGCGAUGGAUGGAACCGAAUGA